UCUUUGAAAAGUCACUCUCACACUUUCUACUUCAAUCUUCAUCAACUACGCAAUGGCGACUCAAAUCCUCCAAAUCAGAGACGACGACGACGAAAUCACCAUCAUCUCCUCGACGCCGCCGCCGUUAAUCAAGUCCGGCGCCACAAAAUCCGACGCUAUUUCAGUGGAAACCUACCGCCCCACCCCCAAAAUCACCAUGGACCUCGACGACGUCGUCGAAGUCCCCGCCUCCUCCUUCACCAAGCGCCGCAAAAGCCGCCGCUUCUACAGAGGCGAAUCGUCCAACUCCAAGCCACUCCGCCUCUCCUUCUCCUGCGAAAUCUGCGCCUGCGACAAGCCGAUCAGCGACUCCUUCAACAUCCUCGGCUGCGAUCACUCCUACUGCACGCAAUGCGUCUCCAAUUACGUCGCGGCGCGGCUGCAGGAGAGCAUCACCGCCAUCGGGUGCCCCGUCCCCGGCUGCGCGGGAUUUCUGGAGCCGCAGCACUGCCGCACGAUUCUGCCGCGGGAGGUUUUCGAUCGGUGGGGAGACGCGCUGUGCGAGGCGCUGAUUUUGGGGGCGGAGAGGUUUUAUUGUCCGUACAAGGAGUGCUCGGCUCUUCUGAUUGCCGAUGGGAGUGAGACUGUGGUGCAAUCGGAAUGCCCUGAGUGCCGGCGGUUGUUCUGUGCGCCGUGCAAGGUGGCGUGGCAUGCCGGAAUCGAAUGCGAUGAGUUUCAGAGGCUGAAGAAGGAUGAGAGAAGUAAUGAGGAUUUGAAGCUUAUCAAACUUGCAAAGGAUAGUAAGUGGAUUCGGUGCCCUAGCUGCCGAAUUUAUAUCUCCAAGUCUGAAGGCUGCCUAUACAUGCGCUGCAGGUGUGGAAUGGCGUUUUGUUACAAUUGUGGAGCUAAGAUGGACGUACAUCUUCACUACUGCACAAAAUGCAAGCACUGAGAUUGGUUGAUUUGGUUUGGUUAAGUAAAGUAGUAAGCCUAUAGUUAAUGCUUGGGCUCUGUGUUAAAGACAUGAGACCAUAUUUUUCAUUUCAGUAAAUUUUCAUGAUUCUAUAUGGCUUAAUGGAUUGCCAUCAAUACCAAAAUCCACAUCAAAAUAUUUCUUUAAUUAUGAAUCUUUUCUUUUUUAGCA